CCCGCCAAUUUUUUGUCCAAUCAUUUUAUCCGUUACAAAAUUUUAAACAGCUGAAAGAAAACAUUUGAAAACUAAAGAGGCAGAAAAAAAAUCUUCGAAAACCAAUAACUUAUCCAUACAAAUAUAUUGGCAUGGAGCAAAGAGUGUUGCAACCUCGACAAAACAACUCACAGAGUGAUGGUGCAACUGGAGCUGCCCAGAAACCAUCAAUGCCUGAGGGCGGUAAAGAAAGAAAGAAAUGGUCACUUGAUGAUUUUGACAUUGGCAAGCCAUUGGGAAAGGGUAAAUUUGGAAAUGUGUAUCUGGCAAGAGAGAAACACAGUAAAUACAUAGUGGCUUUAAAGGUGCUAUUCAAGUCACAGUUACAGAAGUCAGGAGUGGAGCAUCAGCUUAGAAGAGAAAUUGAAAUACAGUCUCACUUGAGGCAUGACAAUAUAUUACGUCUAUUUGGAUACUUUCAUGAUAAAACUCGAGUGUACCUCAUCCUGGAAUAUGCCCCCAAAGGAGAACUGUACAAGGAAUUAACAAAACAGAAAAGAUUUGAUGAGAAAAUUGCUGCUAAGUAUGUGUAUCAGUUAGCCAAUGCAUUGAAAUAUUGCCACAGUAAGAAAGUUAUACACAGAGACAUCAAGCCUGAAAAUCUUCUACUCGGACUGACCUCAGAUCUUAAGAUUGCUGAUUUUGGGUGGUCUGUACAUGCUCCGUCAUCGAGGAGAACCACGCUAUGCGGAACAUUGGAUUACCUCCCACCAGAGAUGAUAGAGGGAACGUACCAUGAUGAGUGCGUAGAUCUAUGGAGUCUAGGUGUACUCUGCUACGAAUUGCUGGUCGGCAAACCACCAUUUGAAACGGAGAGUAACUCGGAAACAUAUCGCAGGAUCACAAAAGUUGACAUCAGAUAUCCGUCGUUUGUCUCGUCUGGUGCUAGGGACUUGAUAUCUAGUCUUUUAAAGCAUGACCCACGUCAGCGACUAUCUUUGGAUAAAACAAUGACACAUCCAUGGAUUUUAGAACACUACACUCCAAAGGAACAGUCACGCUAAUACAACUAAACGAUGUGCUUUAAGAGAAUGAAACCGACCUCUGUGAUAAUUUCCAGGCUAUCAAAAGACGGGAGAAGAGUGUGAAAAGUCAAGAGAACAUUAAUUACUUGUAUGCAUAAUUUUAGUCAGUUAAAUUUGUGUUGGUACAGCUGUGUUAAUACUGAGCAGUUGGAAUCCCAAUUUAAACAUCCUUUGCAUUGAGUUUUAUUUAGUUUUGGUAAGUUUGUUUUCUGAAAUUUUGACAGUUGAGUUUGUCAUAUAUUAGCCUUGUAAAGGAAGACAUUUAGACUGAAGUUAUUUGUUCUGCAUUUCCCCUUUUGACUUUUAUGUUAAUAAUAAUUAAGAGAAUUUAGAAAGGAAAAAGAAAAGAAAAAACAUUCCCAAGUUUGUGAAAUGGACCAUUUAGGCAUGAUUAUUGAUCAUGAUCAUGAAUUAGUUUGGAAAG